GACAGGAUUAAAGGAGGGAGCUCCGUAGUUCGCUUUUGAACCCACAGAGGAGUCUGCCAUGGCAAACACUCCUCUCAAACCCAACUGGAGGGGUCUUCACUGCGUUUUUCUGGUGGCACUAAUGGGUGCAUCAGGUUUGGAGGCCCGGGAACAGAUUUCCUGGACCGGUCAGGUCACGGCUGGGGUCACGACCACGUUCACAUGUUCCUCUUCAUGCCAGCCAAACUGCAUCUACACCUGGUCCUUUGAGGGCCACACAGUCCAGGGGAGCAAAUUGACCUGGACGCCAGAUGGGCUGGACAACACAGUGGAAUUACAAUGCAACGUGCUCAAUCCGGAAACAGGAGCCUCAGGCAGUGUUACCUCCAUUGUAGAAAUUAACAAUCGAGUGUCUGUUCAAAUCAGUCCACCAACCGCUGUCCCGUCUUUCAACCACCCGCUGGAUCUGACCUGCCGUGGUGCUCCAGCAGGUGACUCUUCCCCGCUGGUGAACCAGGUGAUCUGGUACAAAGAUGGACGGAGGCUGACUCUGCAGGAAAACAUGCAGCUGCUGCAAAACAACCUGACACUUCACUUUGACUCGCCGCUGCCUGCUGAUGCUGGAUUCUACCUGUGUGAGACUCGUGCGCCGAGAGUUUUCAGCCUGGGUUUUCUACUCAGCUUUGAUCCUUGGAACGUGAGCAUCAGCGGACCCGACGCUGUCUUUCCUGGCAGAUUGAGUAAAUUCACCUGCUUGACGAGCUGUACUUUAAACGUGGAUUGUACGGUCAGAUGGCAGUUCAGACAGGGUUUCCCCAUCGGCAGCUUCUUUUCAGUCCAUGAAAAUGAGCUCAGGUGGACCCCGUCCAUACCGGGUACUUCCCAAAACUUCACCUGUGUUGCGGAAAACGCAGCUGCUGGACGCUCGUCUGAGGCCACCAAGUUGGUGGAAGUUUUAGGGAUUCCUCUCUCUGGAUCGCAGUCGGUGCAGCUAGAUGGACUCUCAGCAAUGAUUGUCAGCCUGGGAUUCCUGCUUUUUGAUUCACGGAGCUGUUUACCCUUUUAGAGUGUAUAUUGUGUACUGAGAGUGUUGCCCUUUUGGAAAAGCAACAAAAGACACAGUUAUUUUUUGCAAUUAAGUCAUUCUAAUUUUGACCCAUUGCACAAAUUCCGUAUUUUUGGAAGCUACGGGAACAUAGUUGCUCACAUUUGUAACUCUGGGUUUCAAUACUCAACUCAUGCCUGUCGCAA